GUACGAUAUUUCCUUAUUCAUCAUAUUAUAAACGUUUUUGUUAUUGUGAAUUUAUGAUCAUUAGUAACUAGUAAGUUUGACUGCUAACUCGUAAGUGGUGACUACUGACAACUGUAUAGUAGCUAUUUGAUUCUAAGGUUAUUUGUAAAUUUGCUUUAAUUUUUAAAUUUUGAUCAGUUUAAUACAAAAAGUUAAUUUUACUUAUUACAAUAUCAAUUUUAAUACUUCGAAGUACAAUAUUUUAAAAUGGCUCCCGUCAUACCUAGUGGACGGUAUGAUUUUGAUCUUUUAGUAAUAGGUGGAGGAUCUGGUGGUUUAGCUUGUGCUAAAGAAGCUUCAAGUUUUGGAAAACAAGUCGUAGUCUUAGAUUUUGUUAUUCCGUCUGAAAAAGGUACCACUUGGGGAAUAGGUGGUACUUGUGUCAACGUAGGUUGUAUACCUAAAAAACUGAUGCAUCAAGCAUCAUUGUUAGGCGAAUCAAUUCAAGAAGCUCGGAGCUACGGAUGGAACAUACCGGAUCCAAUUUCGUUCAAUUGGGAAUCUUUGGUAGAAGCUGUACAAAAUCAUAUCAAAUCAGUUAACUGGGUUACACGUGUACAAUUAAGAGACAAAAAAAUUGAGUAUGUUAAUGGACAUGGUGUGUUUGAAGAUGCUCAUACUGUUGUAGCAAAGAUGAAAAAUGGAAAAGAAAGAAGAAUAACAGCAAAAGAUAUUGUAAUAGCUGUUGGUGGACGUCCACGUUACCCUGAUUUUCCUGGGUGCAAAGAAUAUUGUAUCACUAGUGAUGAUCUUUUUUCGUUGCCUACAUCACCAGGAAAUACUUUGGUUAUUGGUGCCGGAUAUAUUGGGCUAGAAUGUGCAGGAUUUCUUAAAGGUUUGGGGUAUGAAGCAACUGUUAUGGUUCGAUCUAUGCUUCUUAGAGGUUUUGACAGGGAUAUGGUAAAUUUAGUUCAAGCUGAAAUGGAAGAUAAAGGUGUUAAAUUUCUUAUUGGAAAAAUACCCGUCAAAGUAUCAAAGCAGCCUAAUGGCAAGUUAUUAGUGGAAUGGAAAGGUGGUGAUGAAAUUGGACAAGGCGAAUUUGAUACGGUUCUUGUAGCUACAGGACGCAAAGCUUUAUCUGAAGAGUUAAAUCCAUCUGCUGCUGGAUUACAAGUUCAUCCUGAGUCUUUUAAAUUUGUCACUAAUGCUGAACAAACUAAUAUUCCUAAUAUAUAUGCAGUUGGUGAUGUAUUACAUGAAAGACCUGAACUAACACCAGUAGCAAUUCAAGCGGGUAAAUUAUUGGCUGGACGAUUAUAUAAUGGUAUCCAAGAACAAAUGGAUUAUGAUAAUGUAGCUACAACUGUUUUCUCCCCUCUUGAGUAUGGUUGUGUCGGUCUUACAGAAGAAGAAGCAAUUAAUAGAUAUACUGAGAAUGAAAUUGAAGUGUAUCAUGCAUAUUAUAAGCCUACUGAGUUUUUUAUACCCCAGAAAAAUGUUAAACAUUGUUAUUUAAAAGUGAUAACGCUUUUGAAGGCACCACAAAAAGUUUUGGGCAUGCAUUUUAUUGGGCCUCAGGCUGGUGAAGUAAUACAAGGAUAUGCUGCAGCUAUAAAGGCUGGAUUAACCUAUCAACAUUUAAAGGAUACUGUUGGAAUUCAUCCUACAGUGUCUGAAGAAUUUACUAGAGUGGCCAUCACUAAACGGUCAGGUGAUGACCCUACUCCACAAAGUUGUUGUAGUUAAACUUAUAUCUUUUAUAAAGUAAAAAACAAUCAAUAUUUUUUUUUUUAAAUAAAUCAAUUAAUCGUCUAAUUUAUUCAUGUGGUGUAAAGGUAUUAAUUAUUCUAUAAGUAUAAUAUUAAUUCAAUGUUUCUUUGGAAUUAAAAAUUAAUCAUUUUAAUAAUUGGUUAUUAAAUAUGCUUACCUCUGUUCUUAAAACACAUAUUUUUAUUCUUAUUAAAAUUUCAAAUUAUAUAAUAAAUUGAUCGAUAGUUAAAUAUUCAAAGUUAUUUAGGUGCUCCACCUACAUGUAUGUUUCAGUCUUGCAAGCGCAUAAURUAUUGUAUGUUCUAAAUAAUCAUUUGAACUAUUAUAUUAAAUACUAUAUUAAAUUGAUCUAUUAGAGAAUUAUAAAGUAAUAUAAUUUGAUGGA